AUGAGACAAGUUGUCCUCUUUCACUUGAUGCUCCUCCUUCCAAUGUAUUCAACCCACAAUUACCCAAAUGUGGCUUUGCGUGGCAAAGCAACUCAGUCACAGCGCUAUUUUGGUAGCGCAUAUGGUAUUUAUGGUGCUGCAUCCAAUGCCAUUGAUGGAAACAGAAGUCCCAUCUUCCGUGAUGACUCUUGCACCCAUACUUCAAACCAAACCAAUCCAUGGUGGAGAGUGGACCUGCUGGACUCGUAUAUCAUCACCCAAAUUAUAAUCACCAAUAGAGGAGACUGUUGUGAGGAACGCAUCAAAGGAGCAGAAAUACGGAUUGGAACCUCUAAAGAAAGAAACGGUCUUGGAAACCCAUUGGCUGCUACAAUUCCCGCCAUUGCAAGUGGGGCCUCUCACAUAAUAAACAUUCCUGCUCGCAUGGAGGGACGAUACGUCACUGUUGUAAUUCCAGGGGAAGGCAAGGUUCUGUCACUCUGUGAAGUGGAGGUGUAUGGCUACCGUGCCCCAACUGGUGAGAACCUUUCCCUUCAAGGAAAAGCCACACAGUCAUCGCUGUAUGAGACUGGUAUAGCAUACAAUGCCAUAGAUGGAAAUCGCAACAAUGACUGGUCUCAGGCUUCUUGCUCGCACACAAACCAAGACCUCAGCCCCUGGUGGCGCCUGGAUCUGCGCAAAACACGCAAAGUGUUUUCCAUUAAAGUCGUCAACCGGAAUAUGCUUGAACAACGACUACUUGGAGCAGAGAUCCGCAUUGGAGAUUCUCUUGAUAACAAUGGCAACAACAAUCCAAGAUGUGGUCAAAUCACACCAUCCUCUGGAAAAAGUCUUCAUGAGUUUGAGUGUGAAGGAAUGGAAGGACGUUACGUCAACAUAGUAAUCCCUGACAGAAUGGAGUGGCUCACUCUUUGUGAAGUGGAGGUUUAUGGCUCCACGCUUGAAUAAAGUCUAUUAAUGGCAUUACA